AUGGUAGAUGAUGUUCCAGUCAAAGGCACGAGGUUGCUUUCUGAUGUAUAUAAGAGAUGCAAUAUUGCUAUAUGUGAACCUGCAGACUAUGAAGAAGCAAUGAAGAAUCAAAAUUGGAUGAUUGCAAUGAAGGAUGAUCUAUCAAUGAUAGAGAAAAAAAAAACAUGGGUUCUUGUUGAAAGGCCUAGAGACAGGAAGGUGAUUGGAGUUAAAUGGGUGUAUAGAACUAAGCUUAAUGUUGAUGGUUCUAUUAACAAAAACAAAGCAAGACUUGUUGUGAAAGGUUAUAAUCAAAUUUUUAGUGUGGACUACUCAGAUACGUUCGCUCCAGUUGCUCGAUUAGAUACCAUCAGGCUACUGAUUUUUGUAGCUGCUCAAAAUGAUUGGAGAGUGUAUCUACUCGAUGUCAAAUGA